GCGACGUAUCUGCUCGGGAUGUUCAGCGCGCAGUGCAAGUUCGAGGCAUAGCCACCAAGUCCCUCAUCCUGGCGUGCCGCAGUGUCAUUGUCAACGAGGGCGAGAGCAUCGCGGCUCGGGAGGCUGCCCUGCGGAGCCUCUCGCUCUUCUUCGACCAGGAGCUGAGCAGCGACGAGAUCUCGCUCAUCCGCGAGGCGGCCCUCUCUCCCGAGGUGGUCCGAGAAGAGCAGCUCAUGCAAGUGCACCCAGGCCUGAUCAAGUCGCUCGGGAUGGAGAGCCUCGUGGCAGUCGCACAGCGCCUCCAGCAUUGUAUUGCGCAGGGGGACGCCGCGGCGAUCGAGAACGCACUGAACGUGGACCUGCACCGCACCGGCGUGUUUGCCGGGAACUCGCGGCUGAAGCUGGUGGAGCUCAAGGAUGGCGUGAAGCACUAUUCCGACCAGAAUUUCGAAUUGAGGAAGGUGCCAAGCGAUCUCGAGGGAGCAAUGAUAGCGGUCGGCCCCAUGGACGCCGCUGGCAUUGACUUCCGCGUAGUGGCAGCCCACGAGACCGUUGGCGUCAUGAUUGCCCACGCGGCGAAGCGCGACUGCUACGCCGGGGUGAAGGAAAUCCUGAAGCAGCUCGACACCCUUGGCUUCGCCAGGACGGUCCUCUCAGAGAUGUCCACGGACUCCUUCAACCUGAAGGGCGUGGACCUGUGGCAGCUCGACGUGGGGGAGACGGGCGGCGCGCCCGAGGGGAUGGGGCAGUGUGGGGGGUUGGGGGGCUUCUAG